UUUUAUUUUUUAUAUAAAAAUAUCUUUUCACUUAUUAUCUUUUUAUACACAACUGUUCAUGUUCAUAAUAUUGACUGGUUUACUUAUUCCUUUGGUAUCUUACAUAACAUAUAAAUCAGGUGUAAAGCCUGAUUUCUUACCAGUCAGCUGUGCGCUCUUUGGAUAUAAUUGUCCUCACGAUAUUCCUAUCCAAGGAUAUUAUGAUGAAAAGUACAAGUCGAUAUACGAUAUAUUUUUACAAAACUUCAAGAAUGGGUUGGAAGUAGGUGCUGGACUCUCAGUUUAUGUCGAUGGUCAACAAGUGGUCGAUCUUUAUGGCGGUUGGAAAGAUCCAAAGGCCAAAAUCCCAUACACUAACAACACAUUGCAAAUGGUCUUUUCAUCAACAAAGGUUUUGAACGCGAUUAUUGUUGCACAGCUAGUGGAGCAAGGCUUAUUAUCUUACGAAGAACGAAUCGCGACCUAUUGGCCAGAGUUUGCUCAAGGCGAUAAAGAAAAUGUUACUUUAAUAGAUCUUAUGCAUCAUAAGGCCGGCGUUGCUGCACUGGAUGUUCCGUUGUCUUACGAUGAUGUAACCAAUGCUACACGUUUCUCAAAUAUUCUAGCCACACAACCACACAAUUUUGGUGGUAAAACUGUUAGAGCUUAUCAUGCUGUCACUCAAGGAUGGUAUCUUAAUGAAAUUAUUCGACGUGUUGAUCCAAAGCAGAGGACUCUGAAUGAUUUUGCAAAGGAAUUCAAAAACAAGUGGAACUCUGAAUGGUAUCUCAAACCUGCUGCAGAACAAGAUCUGGAACUUGAGCGUAUUUCACAACUAUAUGAAAAACCAAUGCUUCAAGAGCUAUUUGGAUUGUUAUUAAGCCCUGCUCAACUCAAACAGAGUUUAAUCAAUAAAUUUAACAAAACUACGAUAUACAACCGCGUCCUUAGGAAUACCCAUAUCGACCAAGGCUCGGGCCUUAUUGGCCAGGAACUCAAGCAUAAGAUGGUUGAAUCUCCUGCUAUUUCUGGCCACACAAAUGCUAACUCAAUGGCUAAAAUUGCUGCCAUGUUAGCCAAUAAGGGAAGAGCAAUUGUACAGGGAGAACCUAAUUUGUUCCAAAACAGCAGUACAUUCGACUACUUUACAGAGCAAUUAGGUGCUGAAUUUGACGAGCUCCUUUCUUUUCCCGUCUAUUGUCAACGAGGUGGCCAUACGGAAUUCCCUUUUAUUUAUUUUGGAAUUAGUGAAGAGGGCUACUUUGGAGGGGGUGGAGGCGCAGGUGGCUCUUUAGUCAUCUAUAAUUCAAAAUAUAAUACUGCUAUGGCAUAUGCUAUGAACGGUUACUCAACAGGUGGUCCUCUGGAUGGCAGGACAAUACCACUGGUGAAAGCUUUAUAUGAGCAAGUCAAAAAAGAAAAAGACUCGUGAUGAUAUGCUAUAUACAAAUAAACCAUUUUAAUCAUCAUUUUUUAUCAUUCAUACAUUCCUUUUCUUGUUGACGUCUCUCUAUCAUUCAUGUUAACCAAGUCAAUUGUUGCUUUGCUGUUAACUCACUUACCUCUAGUUGUACGUAAUAAAGCAUCAUCUACCUGUUUCUGCUCAGGAGUCUUGGUCAUUUUUAUUCCUAGAGCAUGCCCAAUUAAUCUCCUGGCUACCGCAUCUGUAGUCCGUGGUCUACGCGUUUCUUUUCUUGAAGCUAAGCGUUGUGUAAGAUAUAUGUUUGCAAUCAAGCAAAAUUUUAUAUUUACAUUCUUCGUUUAAACUUGUGCCU